AUGCUGAGUCCCAUUGUCCCCUAUAGCCUAUUGAAGAUGCACUGGACUCCAGAGCAUGUCCAGUCCCUGAGCCAGUGGCCGGAGCAGCACUUGGACGUGUCAUCCACCACCUCGUCACCAGCGCACAAAUCAGACCUAUUCUCUAGCCGUGGUCGCAGCUCAUACAGCUACGCCUGGGCUAACGAUGACAUCUCCGCCCUUACUGCCUCCAACAUGUUGAAACGCUAUGCUGAAAAGUACUCUGGAGUGUUGGACUCGCCCUAUGAACGGCCUCCUAUUGGCGCAUACCCAGAGCCGGGAGCUUUCGGACUGAAUGGUCAGAAAACUGAACUCGAGCCCUGGCCGCUCACACACAGCACUGAUGCCUCAUAUUCCUUAGUCGCCCCCGGAGGACAUGACAGUCUGCCUGGUUCUAAAACCUCUUCUGCAGGGCCCCCAGGGGCCAGCACUGUGCCAAUCGUCAACAGUAACUUGUCAGACUCUGGAUACAGUGGAAGCAGCUCUUGUAGCGGUUCGAGCGAGUACCCCUCCAGUUACAAUGGCACCUAUCUCUCGUCAGGAUACUGUCCACAGCCCAGCGCAACACUUCCACCCGCCUCGCUCCACACUCUGCAGUCCACACCCACACUAGUGCCCAGCUACAGCCCACCCACACCGGCCUACAACUACACCUCCAGCACAUACCCUUCCCAACCAGGUCUAGCUUCCAGCUAUAGUCACCCCUCUGCUACUUACCUGCCCUCUGGUCUGCCUGCCCCCACUCCAAUCACAACUAGGCCUGCAGUGGUUGGAGGCAGCUACAGCUACACGGGCACCCACCUUGCCUCUGAAGGUCCGUUGAAAAGAAAAGCCUUUGAAAUGGGUCUGGAAGAGGAUGAGAAUGGGGAUGGAGCUCGCUUUAGAAAGUACAGCUCACCUUUUGACAAAACAGAUUGCAGAGGAAACAGCUUUAACACCUCAGGCAGCACAGACACUUCAAGCUUCAAACCCACUAAACCCUCACAGCCUCUGGUGUCCCCUCAGUAUGGGACAGGGGACUACAGCCCCCCGGCUGGGCUCACAGGGGAGAAUGGGGCCUCUGAACAGAGCUACACACAGCAGCACCCUCAGUCACACAAACGCUCCUCACUAUGUGCCCCCACAGAUGCCCUGAAAAGCCUGGACCCUCGGGUGCUGGAUCUGGUGAAUGGGGAGUUACAGGACUGCUCCCCGGUCUUGGGCUGGAAUGACUUGGUGGGACUGACCCAUGUGAAGGCUGCUCUGGAGGAGGACCUCCUCUGGCCGGUGCUGAGGCCCAGUCCUUUGGUGAGACCACCUCGAACCGUCCUUUUGUUUGGUCCUCGCGGAGGGGGCAAGACAACACUCACCCGCUCUCUGGCCUCGCAGCUAGGAGCGUCAUUCUAUCGUCUGAGUGGAGCCAUGCUGGCAGCUAAAGGUAAAGCGGAGGCUGAGCACAUCUUGGCCGCUUUGCUACAAGUAGUGGCAGCGCGGCAACCUUCUGUUGUACUUUUGAGCCACGUGGAGGCACUAGAAGAGGAGGGACUGAGGCAGAUGCUGCUGUCUGUUCUGGAGAAGGCCCAGAUGGGCACCAGUGGCCUUGUCAUCCUAGUGUGUGCUACUGGGAGGCCAGACCUCUUGCAGGACUCGGUGCACAGGAGUUUUGCCAAGCGUUUCCACGUAGGUCUGCCGGAAGGGAGCAUGAGGAGACAGGUGUUGCUGCAGGCACUGGGACCUCAUAGCUGUGGGCUGAGUGAUAGAGAGAUGAGCGUGGUGUUGCAGCGCACAGAGGGUUUUUCUGUGUGGGAGCUGAUCCAGCUGAGUCAGCAGGCCCUGUCCUCUGCCUCCCCAUCAGGAAACCUCCAUGGGAUCCCUGCGCCUACCAAGCCCCCUGCCUUCACAGACUUUGAGAAUGCCUUCUGUAAGGUGCGCCCACACAGCACCACUAAAGAACUGGACACUUGUUUAGAGUGGAGCAAGAUGUACAGCCACUGA